UAAAAGUAGCCGCCGGCCACCAUACGUGCAUGUAAAAGUGAAGUGCAGUGUAACAGAUUAACAACACAUUUGAUUGGUUUAAAACCCGCAUGCCCAAUACUCUAAAAACUAACAGGGGUCAUUGAGAUUUGUGGAGUUGUUGAAGCGCGCUAUAAAUCUGAGCGCCUCACGGGACAAUCCUCUAGAUUAGCGGUUGACGCACAGGAUGGAUUUGGUAGAUAGCAACCUGAUACUGUACGGUACCGUACUGGUCGGUAUACAGGGACGGGAUGAUCUACAAUGGACGAAUGAAAUGCUUUAAAUGUAACGUAUCGAUGGAUUUCGCUACUCUUCCAUUAUCAAAUGAUUUGUUGUUAUUGUUGUUAUUAGGAUAGAAUGUGUGUAGUCCUAACGGUUAAAUAGACUAGAUGAGCUAUGACUGGAGAGCUAAAUACGGACCAUUCCUGUUUGGAUUCCAAAAGGAAGAGACCCAACGGAAUGGUGGCAGAUUUGGUGCGUUACAACACUGUCUUGUGGGACGUUUGUGAUGGAGCCGUUUUACUUUCUCACUAAAACAAGCAGAUGUAAGAAUGCGUAACAGUACUUUAAUGGUUGGAAGUAAUGUCUAAACAUUUUGGCUAAAUAUUAAUGUAUUUUCGGGUUCUGCUUGCUCACUAACAUCAGAUAACAAUCUCAGGUAUGCAAGCGUAGACUACAUUUAGCUGGCAUGCCAAGUGUGUGAAUAGGAGGAACUUUAAAAUAUCUAUCCCGCCAUUGUGCCCUUGGGUAGGGCGCUUAACCUAUGACCUGCUCCAUAGCCGCUGUACGGCCACUGACCGACCCGUGCCUCUCUCAACGUGUGUUUCUACACCGAGGAGGAUUUGGAAAGGCAGAAGACAACUUUCCUUUUGAAGUUUCACCCAACAAUGGACGACACGAUUAUAUUCUACUCUGUUCUGUUGUCGUAGAACACCGCAGUUCAAAAUGAACGUGUUGAAAAUGAGGAAAACCGUAUUAAAAGAAGCGGUUAAACGCUUUCCGUGGCUAGCCAACGUUACUCUGUAUGGCUGCCUGUUUGCCGGCGGCGACUUCGUUCAUCAGAUGAUCGCACAAAGAGAAGAGAUGGACUGGAAACACACCAGAAAUGUUGCCAUAGUGGCCAUCAGUUUCCAUGGAAACUUUAAUUAUUUCUGGUUGCGGGCUUUGGAAAGCUGUUUCCCGGGAAAAUCUCCCGGAAUGCUCUUCCGCAAACUACUCCUGGACCAAAGUUUUGCAUCACCCUUGGCAACGAGUGUCUUCUACACAGGAGUGAGUUUCUUGGAGAAUAAAGACGAUGUCUUCGAGGACUGGAGAGAAAAGUUCCUCAACACGUACAAGACUGGACUCAUGUACUGGCCUUUCAUGCAGUUCCUAAACUUCCUCCUGAUGCCUCUGUACCUGAGGACAGUCUUCAUGGGCUGCUGUGCGUUCCUGUGGGCCACCUUCCUGUGUUUCUCCCGGCAGAGCGGGGACGGUACGGCCAGCGUGGCCCUCGCCUUCGUCCUGUAUCCCAAACAGAGGCUGCAGGCCGCCCGGGAGGCCCACCUCGCACGCAGGAAACAGAAAGAAGAGGAAGAACAGCAGCAGAGCACUGACAACUAACUGAAUUGGUUCAAUGAGAUUGGAUUCAGGAAACAGGAAACAGAAGAGGACCUGCACUGACAACUGAACUGCUAAAAUGUUAUUUCAAAUGAAAUUUCAACAAAACGUUGGUAUAUCUCCCUGUCUCCAAGGGCAACAAGACAAGGAACGAGGGCGUGGUUAGAGGGUGAGAACACAAUGUCAUCAUGUGAGGCCAGGCCAGGCUCUUACAAAAAAACACAGAGAACUUAAUCAGUUGGGUUGAAUAUAACUUUAUUGAUAUCCUCAGGGGCAAGGAGGAGUGAAUAUAACUUUAUUGAUAUCCUCAGGGGCAAGGAUGAGUGAAUAUAACUUUAUUGAUAUCCUCAGGGGCAAGGAGGAGUGAAUAUAACUUUAUUGAUAUCCUCAGGGGCAAGGAGGAGCGAAUAUAACUUUAUUGAUAUCCCCAGAGGCAAGGAGGAGUGAAUAUAACUUGAUUGAAUAUAACUUUAUUGAUAUCCUCAGGGGCAAGGAGGAGGCAUUGUUGGAGCACAGUUAUAUAAUUUAAGCCUACUGUACAUAUACAAAUACAUUCAUCUAAUACUAUGCCAGCAACACAUACAGUGGGCCUAAUACCUCCCUCUAAUACUAUGCCAGCAACAUGUACAGUGGGCCUAAUACCUCCCUCUAAUACUAUGCCAGCAACAUGUAACAGUGGGCCUAAUACCUCCAUCUAAUACUAUGCCAGCAACACGUAAAGUGGACCUAAUACCUCCAUCUAAUACUAUGCCAGCAACAUGUACAGUGGGCCUAAUACCUCCAUCUAAUACUAUGCCAGCAACACGUAAAGUGGACCUAAUACCUCCAUCUAAUACUAUGCCAGCAACACGUACAGUGGGCCUACAUUACAAACGUUACAUCACUGAUUCAAUUCAACACAACUUUAUCAAUCCCGUCAAGGGCAACCCAGAAAGCACAGUCGGACACGGAACACAUUACUUCCAGACAUUCAGACUGUACAGGUGUAGAAGUGCAAUACAUUUAGUGAAACAGAAGUUACUCUGAGACGCUUGAUACAUACAAACAACUCCAGGGGCCGUAGAUGUAAGACAAACAUGUUGGGUGGAUGAGAGAGGUGGUGUUAGAUGUUGUGAUUACAGGGAUGUUCCUCGGGGAGAGGUGGUGUCAGAUGUUGUGAUUACAGGGAUGUUCCUCAGGGAGAGGUGGUGUUGUGAUUACAGGGAUGUUCCUCAGGGAGAGGUGGUGUUAGAUAAUGUGAUUACAGGGAUGUUCCUCAGGGAGAGGUGGUGUUAGAUAAUGUGAUUACAGGGAUGUUCCUCAGGAAGAGGUGGUGUUAGAUGAUGUGAUUACAGGGAUGUUCCUCAGGGAGAGGUGGUGUUAGAUAAUGUGAUUACAGGGAUGUUCCUCAGGGAGAGGUGGUGUCAGAUGUUGUGAUUACAGGGAUGUUCCUCAGGGAGAGGUGGUGUCAGAUGUUGUGAUUACAGGGAUGUUCCUCAGGGAGAGGUGGUGUUAGAUAAUGUGAUUACAGGGAUGUUCCUCAGGGAGAGGUGGUGUUAGAUAAUGUGAUUACAGGGAUGUUCCUCAGGGAGAGGUGAUGUUGUGAUUACAGGGAUGUUCCUCAGGGAGAGGUGGUGUUAGAUAAUGUGAUUACAGGGAUGUUCCUCAGGGAGAGGUGGUGUUGUGAUUACAGGGAUGUUCCUCAGGGAGAGGUGGUGUCAGAUGUUGUGAUUACAGGGAUGUUCCUCAGGGAGAGGUGGUGUUGUGAUUACAGGGAUGUUCCUCAGGGAGAGGUGGUGUUAGAUGUUGUGAUUACAGGGAUGUUCCUCAGGGAGAGGUGGUGUUGUGAUUACAGGGAUGUUCCUCAGGGAGAGGUGGUGUUGUGAUUACAGGGAUGUUCCUCAGGGAGAGGUGGUGUUAGAUGUUGUGAUUACAGGGAUGUUCCUCAGGGAGAGGUGGUGUUGUGAUUACAGGGAUGUUCCUCAGGAAGAGGUGGUGUCAGAUGUUGUGAUUACAGGGAUGUUCCUCAGGGAGAGGUGGUGUUAGAUGUUGUGAUUACAGGGAUGUUCCUCAGGAAGAGGUGGUGUUAGAUGUUGUGAUUACAGGGAUGUUCCUCAGGGAGAGGUGGUGUCAGAUGUUGUGAUUACAGGGAUGUUCCUCAGGGAGAGGUGGUGUUGUGAUUACAGGGAUGUUCCUCAGGGAGAGGUGGUGUUGUGAUUACAGGGAUGUUCCUCAGGGAGAGGUGGUGUUGUGAUUACAGGGAUGUUCCUCAGGGAGAGGUGGUGUUAGAUAAUGUGAUUACAGGGAUGUUCCUCAGGGAGAGGUGGUGUUGUGAUUACAGGGAUGUUCCUCAGGGAGAGGUGGUGUCAGAUGUUGUGAUUACAGGGAUGUUCCUCAGGGAGAGGUGGUGUUGUGAUUACAGGGAUGUUCCUCAGGGAGAGGUGGUGUUAGAUGUUGUGAUUACAGGGAUGUUCCUCGGGGAGAGGUGGUGUCAGAUGUUGUGAUUACAGGGAUGUUCCUCAGGGAGAGGUGGUGUUGUGAUUACAGGGAUGUUCCUCAGGGAGAGGUGGUGUUAGAUGUUGUGAUUACAGGGAUGUUCCUCAGGGAGAGGUGGUGUUAGAUGUUGUGAUUACAGGGAUGUUCCUCAGGGAGAGGUGGUGUUAGAUGUUGUGAUUACAGGGAUGUUCCUCAGGAAGAGGUGGUGUUAGAUGUUGUGAUUACAGGGAUGUUCCUCAGGGAGAGGUGGUGUUGUGAUUACAGGGAUGUUCCUCAGGGAGAGGUGGUGUUGUGAUUACAGGGAUGUUCCUCAGGAAGAGGUGGUGUUAGAUGUUGUGAUUACAGGGAUGUUCCUCAGGGAGAGGUGGUGUUGUGAUUACAGGGAUGUUCCUCAGGAAGAGGUGGUGUUAGAUGUUGUGAUUACAGGGAUGUUCCUCAGGAAGAGGUGGUGUCAGAUGUUGUGAUUUGCAGAGAUGUUCCUCAGGAAGAGGUGGUGUCAGAUGUUGUGAUUUGCAGGGAUGUUCCUCAGGAAGAGGUGGUGUUAGAUGUUGUGAUUACAGGGAUGUUCCUCAGGAAGAGGUGGUGUUAGAUGUUGUGAUUUGCAGAGAUGUUCCUCAGGGAGAGGUGGUGUCAGAUGUUGUGAUUACAGGGAUGUUCCUCAGGAAGAGGUGGUGUUAGAUGUUGUGAUUACAGGGAUGUUCCUCAGGGAGAGGUGGUGUUGUGAUUACAGGGAUGUUCCUCAGGGAGAGGUGGUGUUGUGAUUACAGGGAUGGUCCUCAGGGAGAGGUGGUGUUAGAUGUUGUGAUUACAGGGAUGUUCCUCAGGGAGAGGUGGUGUCAGAUGUUGUGAUUACAGGGAUGUUCCUCAGGAAGAGGUGGUGUUGUGAUUACAGGGAUGUUCCUCAGGGAGAGGUGGUGUUAGAUGUUGUGAUUACAGGGAUGUUCCUCAGGAAGAGGUGGUGUUAGAUGUUGUGAUUACAGGGAUGUUCCUCAGGGAGAGGUGGUGUUGUGAUUACAGGGAUGUUCCUCAGGGAGAGGUGGUGUUGUGAUUACAGGGAUGUUCCUCAGGGAGAGGUGGUGUUAGAUGUUGUGAUUACAGGGAUGUUCCUCAGGGAGAGGUGGUGUUGUGAUUACAGGGAUGUUCCUCAGGGAGAGGUGGUGUUGUGAUUACAGGGAUGUUCCUCAGGGAGAGGUGGUGUUGUGAUUACAGAGAUGUUCCUCAGGGAGAGGUGGUGUUGUGAUUACAGGGAUGUUCCUCAGGGAGAGGUGGUGUUAGAUGUUGUGUUUUGCAGAGAUGUUCUUCAGGGUGUGUAUUUGAUGUUCAUGUAUAUAUGUAAAAUGUGUUUAUUCUAUGCUCUCAAUUUCUAUGUCCCAUCGGUUGUGCCUUCUGUUGGUAACAAGAGCCCUUCAUGUUCUGGUCUAGAUUUAGUUAGUUCUUACUCAGAGAAACUGUGUGUGUUUUUGUGGCUUUUUGUGUGUGUGUGUGUGUGUGUGUGUGUGUGUGUGUGUGUGUGUAUAUAUAUAUUUAUACAGUACCAGUCAAAAGUUUGGACAUACCUAUUCUUUCAAGGGUUUUUCUUUAUAUUUACUAUUUUCUACGUUGUAGAAUAAUAAUGUAGACAUCAAAACUAUGAAAUAACACAUUUGGAAUCAUGUAGUAACCAAAAAAGUGUUGAACAAAUCUAAAUAUAUUUUAUAUUUUGGAUUCUUCAAAGUAGCUACCCUUUGCCUUGAUGACAGCUUUGCACACUCUUGGCAUUCUCUCAACCAGCUUCACCUGGAAUGCUUUUCCUACUGUCUUGAAGGAGUUCCCACAUUUGCUGAGCACUUGUUGGCUACUUUUCUUCACUCUGCUGUCCAGCUCACCCCAAUCCACCUCAAUUGGGUUGAGAUUGGAUGAUUGUGGAGGCCAGGUCAUCUGAUGCAGCACUCCAUCACUCUCCUUCUUGAUCAAAUAGCCCUUACACAGCCUGGAGGUGUGUUGGGUCAUUGUCCUGUUGAAAAACAAAUGAUAGUCCCACUAAGCGCAAACCAGAUGGGAUGGGGUAUCUAUGCAGAAUGCUGUGGUAGCCAUGCUGGUUAAGUGUGCCUUUAAAUCACUGCUGUUUCUCUUUGCUUAUUUGAGCUGUUCUUGCCAUAAUAUGGACUUGGUCAUUUGCCAAAAAGGGCUAUCUUCUGUAUACCACCCCCUACCUUGUCACAACACAACUGAUUGGCUCAAACGCAUUAAGAAGGAAAGAAAUUCCACAAAUUAACUUUUAACAAGGCACACCUGUUAAUUGAAAUGCAUUCCAGGUGACUACCUCAUGAAGCUGGUUGAGAGAAUGCCAAGUGUGUUCAAAGCUGUCAUCAAGGCAAAGGGUGGCAACUUUGAAGAAUCUGUUUAAUUUGUUUAAGACAACAUUGGUUACUACAUGAUUCCAUAUGUGUUAUUUCAUAGUUUUGAUGUCUUCACUAUUAUUCUACAAUGUAAAAAAAAUAAUCCGUAGAAUGAGUAGGUGUGUCCCAACUGUUGAAUGGUACUGCUCAAGUGUUGUAUAACUAGUCUUCCAGAUUGACCAUCGAAGGAUAAAGUGCUAUCCUGUCAUGUUACUUGAAUUGUCUAUAUAUUUAUUUGAACCUACUAGGUUGCCAUCGACCCGGUUACCUUAUAACGUACAUAUAUCCAUGAACAAGAGGUGAACCAUUAGGGCUGCAAAAUACCCCAAAUUCCUAGGGUUUCCAGAAAUACCCAUUGGAGGAUUCCCGGAUGUCCUCCUUAUUCCUUGCCAAUUCCAGUUUUUUGUUUUUCCAACCCUGGGAAUCUGGGAAAGUGUCAGGAACUUUGCAUCCCAUCAAGGUACUGAAGAUCUGUAACAUUCUUUACUUAAGUCAAACCUUACUGUAGAAUUUUCCACAAAUCCCGGUUGAAAUAUUCCUGGAAUCUGAAGGGUAUAAAGGAAGAAAUCCAGGGAUACUCUUACCUGGAUUUCUGUAAAUGUUGUUCAACCCGACUGUAUAAUCUACUUAAGUAGUGUUAAUAUUACAAAUACUCAACAUUCACUACCUGUGUACCUGUGUUCACUGUUUCAUAGAAGAGUUGUGUUAUGACAUACGUUGAAUGAAUAGAUAGAAAUAAAAUCCAAGGUCAAGUCA